AUGCCAGAGCCGACCUUGAGGGAGCCAGCGGCCGACCGCAAAGGCGUGGACCUCACGCUCACCAUCAUUCUUGGACUUGCGCGUCGGACAUGUUCUCAGCAUCCCGAAACAUCCAAACGCCGACCGGCUCUACGUCUCGGCGGUGGCCGCUGGCGACAGUCCGGGCCACAGAGGCAAAUUUCAAUAGAAAGGACAGACGUGCCGCACCGUGUGCUCGGGGCUGAACGGGCUGGUGCUUCUGCAAGAGCUCCAGGAUUGCAAGGUCGUCAUCGUACGGAACGUCAAGCAUGUGGGCAUAUGCGGCGUCACCUCACUGCCAUGUUUUUUGCUGCCGUUUUCGAGACGGGGGACGAUGAGGGAGCGAACCGCAAGUGCAUCGUGGAGAUGGUCGACCCUCCGGCGAAAUCGACGGCCGGUGACCGGGUCGUCUUUCAAAACUGGGAAGACUCGCCUAAGGAGGAAAUCAGCACGCAAAAGAAGGUCUGGAAGGCUACACAACCUGGAUUCAAGACGAUAGAUGACCUCGGAAUAGAGUUCCUGCCUUUGGCAGCAGGUCUCGUCGGCCAAUCUGCCAGGCUGGUCACGGACAAGGGACCGCCAUCCUGGUACCCUGUGCAAAGCGCACACUCCGCUAUCCGAAACGCCCACUCAGGCUUCCUCAGACCGCGAUUGCUCUUGCGCCUUCUUCAGUCGAUCGGAAAGGGUCACCCAGCUGGUGGCGUAUACGACGGUCCUAAAGCAAGCUCCGUCAGCCGCCUCGCCGAAGCCGCGCUCCAGGGCGUCCCGCACAAACAGCCAGUGCACGAACCCCAGUUCUCGGACCGACUCCUCCGUCAGAAUCCGCCGGAACGUGAGAUAAAGCGGACCACACUUGGCCCAUCGGAUGGGCUCGAGAAACAUGACCUUUCUGCGUCUGUACAUGUCUUCCGACACAAAUGGCCGCACCGCCUCACGCAGGAUCCAUUUCUCGGUGACGGAUCGCAGGCCAGGACCCGAGCUCUUCCACCACUAAUCGUCCGCGUUGCCCUGCGCAAGGUCCUGGCCCUCGUCUGGCGCGUACCGCAUCUUGGCGCUGGGAGGCAACGCAUUGACAUGCUCCGCGAGGUGGUCGAGAAAAGGCGGCCGUCCCUCUAUGCUGUGCAUCAGCUCGGGCCGGUCCCCGAGACUAGUCAGGAUGGUGUUCGGCAGCAGUGUCUUCGUCCACAUGUACAGCGACCUAUGCAGCGGGUCCCAGCGCUCCAUCUUGUCUUUGGCGGCAAAGAAGGAGCGGAGCCUCGAGCCUGGCACGGAUCGCCGCGCGCCGAGCACCCAGUCGGCAAAGAUCCUACCCUGCGAGAACAGCGAAAGCACUGCGGGAAGCGUCAUGCCGCUUGA